AUGGCAGCCUCUGAUCACGUAGGGCGCUCCGUGUCGAACUGGCCCGUACCACGCCCGUGGAUGAGCACAACUACCACCCCUCGCUUGGACCCGCUGCGGAGUUCAAGCCUGCAUCCACCCUACUACGGGGCCCCUGCGCUCGAGAACAUGCACCUGGUCACCGUACUGGACGAAGACGUUCGCGCGGAACUCACCGCAACAGUCCGAGCACGGGAGCAGGAGCUGCAGAGCAUGUACGCUAUCCUGAACAUCGGCGUCUCCAUCAACCGACUGCCAGUAGAACUGCUCGUCGAAGUUUUCACGCAUCUACAGCAGGGCGAUCUAAAGCUCGGGUGGCUCGACACUCUCCGGGUCUGCAGACACUGGUUCGUGGCCGGGUCGACGGCUGCGAAGCUCUGGAAGAACCUCAGCGUCAGCGGCAGCACCAACCUCUUGCGGACGGGCCUCGCCCGCUCUCGGGCCGCGGAACUGAGCAUCUCAAUCACACCCUACAUGAACAAUCUACUCGACGUCACCGGUCUCAUCAACCCCCACCUACAUCGGUUGCGUACGCUGAGGCUCGGAAUGAUACCCCCGACGGACGUUCCCUCUUUCGCUGCCUUCAUGGAAAACGACAUGCCCGCAUUGCAAUCUCUCCAGGUGUUCGUCAACCGUAUCUCUGGUUUGGAAAUGGCCCUGGACCUUUCGCCGACUCGUUUCCCUCAGUUACAAGAUGUUUACGUCUCCGGCGUCCAGGUACUCCGCAAUCUCGCGGUCGCUUCGCAGCUGCGCAAGGUCAACAUCAACGAUUGCCUCGGGAAGAACCCUGAGCUCCAAACUUCGGCGCUCCUGGACGCCGUGCGCAACAUGCGAAACGUCAAAGAGCUCCUGAUGCAGCACAUGUACGUAUGUGACGUCAGCAAGGCCCUGACGGUCUCGGUUCAGAACAGAGUCGUACUGGAGCAGCUCGAAAACGUUAUAAUCUACACAGACGGGCCGCUUUUGAAAGCGAUUCUCUCCACGAUCGUCAUACCUCCUACGGCGACCGUCUCCUUACUCUGCUCGUUCGCUGCGGACACCCCGGAGGGAAAUGCGCCGAGUUUCCAUGCGGUAAUCCCGGAAGACCGACGCGGCCUCCCCAUCCUCUCGAAGAUCGUCGCUGUGCGCGUGACUGCUAUGGAUGGCGAGCACACGUUGGAGGGUUACGACGAUGACUCUGAGUUCUGCGACACAGGGAUGCCUUGCGGCGCUCCCCAACUCGAACUCUCCAUUGUCAUGCCCGAAGAGGACGCCGACUUCUCCGUCCCAAUCGGCCUCGACGACCUCGUCCACGUCUUCCGGGGUGCACCGCUCGAGCACUUGAUCAUCGACACGACGCUCAUAGUCGCUGCCACGUCCGAUUGGCGCAAGAUUUUCGAGGCCUUUCCGAAGCUGCGCACAUUCAGCAUCACCGUAGAACAAGACGACGAGAUAUCCAACGUCUCUGUGCAGCUCCUCUCUGCGCUGGAUCCCGGGGACACGCCGCCGGCAGCGCUCGCUCGCGGGGACGACGGAGAGCGCCUGCUCGGUGCAAAAAUCCUGGACAUAGUUCCGUGCCCGGCCCUGCGGCGUGUGCACAUCAUUGGAUUGGGGACGCCAGCGAACACGGGCUGGCUCCUGGACACCGCCGCCGCGUGCUUGGAGAAUAGGAGAAAGGUGCUGGACAGGCCGGACGAAGGCAUUCGGGAACUCAAGCUGGAGUUGGAUUGCCACAACGAUGAUGCGCAUUUUCUCCGGGUGAAGGCCGCUGUUGAGAAACGCCUGGCGCCCUUUCCAAUGUCCAAGUCAGAGGAUUUGUCGGUCAGGCUACGCGCUGACGCCCUGCAUUCACCAUACUACGGCCUUCCGUCUUCCGAAUCAGAGUCCGAUGUAGACGCUCUGGCACCGAUAGACGAGACUCUCUGCCACGCUACUCUACUGGAAGGGAAGAGGAAACAAGAGGUGAAACUCCUGCGGACCAACGCUCUCCUCAAUACCCACGCGCCGAUUAACUCCCUCCCCGUCGAGAUGCUUGCCGCGAUCCUGUGGGCUCUUCAAGACAGUUAUUCAAAUUCGAAGACACCGGCGAGUCGGCUGCAGUGGCUUUCCACCUUGCGGGUUUGUCGUCACUGGUUUGUCGUCGCAGCUACCACUCCCAGGUUGUGGUGCGACCUAGUCGUUACGGGGCGCUGCCUGGACUACUUCCGCACUGCUCUCGCGCGCUCAAAGAGCGUCCCUAUCUUCGUCUCGGUCACUGGCAGGUUCCACCGAGCCGAUGAAGCCUUGAAGCUCCUCACCCCACACGUACACCGCAUCUCUGGGCUCCUUUUGCAAGUAUUUGGUCGAAACAGCGUAUCGCCGCUCAUCGCGUUUCUGCAACAUCGCAUGCCUACCCUGAGCUCGAUUUCAAUCGCCAUACCUAAUCAACAUCCCAAUCGUGACGAGGUGGUGAUCGACUUUUCUCCUCAACGAUUCCCCAAACUUCAGGCUGUUUCCGUCCACGGCAUAUACCUUUGUCCUUCGACCAUCUUCGCACAGUUGACCUGCCUAGAGCUGAACGGCUGGGAGCGUUUGAUGCAGCCCGAACUCACGUUGGACAUGCUCACCAUGAUUGUGCAGGCCUGCGCCAGUAGCAUUCAGGAGCUCAGCCUCGUCAAAAUGGCCUGUCAUAGUCCGACUACUCAGCAUUCAAAUCUCACCGCGAGAGUCGAGCGCGUCGCCAUGCCAUGUCUUCGACGGCUUUCCUUCAGGAAAAUGGAGAGUUCGACGGUGAAACACAUCCUCUCCGUCCUCUCCCUCCCAUCUACGGCACACCUCGCGAUUCAAUGCCGGGGUUUCGAGAACCAUACUGCAGAGCUCGUCCAAGGGUUUCGAGUCCUGAUGCCGGAGGACAGGAGCGGCUUGCCUCUCCUUUCGCACCUCACGCACGCAGAGGCAUACCUCUACGACGGCAAGCGCAAACUCGCGGCGGGUUCUUCCACUCCUUGCGGCGACUCUCAUUCAAGCCUCACCCUCGAUCUGGAGAUUUCGGACUACAACACGGCACGCGUAAGAGAGCCCCCUCUCUCCGACGAUGUCCUCGACAUCCUCCGCACCGCGCCCCUCGAGCAUCUGCGCAUCGAGCUGCCGGCGCACAAGAUCCGCCGCGUCGACUGGACUGCCAUGUUCCUGCCCUUCUCCCAGCUUCGGCAUCUCGCCAUUCGUGGGAUCGGGACUCACGACGACGCGGUGCCCAUUUACAAGAGCCUCACUCCGUGCCUCAUGCCUGAACCUGGCGCGAGCCCCGAGGAGCGCCUCCUGCUGCCGAAGUUGCGGUCGCUGCGGAUCGAGGGCUUCGACGCAGACAACUACCUCCCCAUUGCGCUGAAGGUGGUGCUGGAGGAUAGGAUAUCUUGUCUAGGCAGGGCCGGGGCCCUGGACGAGCUCUACUUUCAGUUGGACAACCAUCGGUCCGGGGAGCAUUUCGAGGACAGAAGAGCGGCGUAUUCGGAGUUCUUCGGGUCGUCUGUACAAACAUUGGUGUACGUGCCCGGAAAGCCUGACUGGUAG